GGAUGAUUGUCCGUCGCAUGGGAUGAGGGAGCCCAACAACAGACUUCCAAACAACUGGAGAGCACGGGAAUUCUGAUGUGUCGCCUUCGUGCAUGGCAGGUAUCGAUCUGAUGCGGAACGUGAGCCUCCCGCCCGCUGCUGCACUCACUGCGCAAAAGCUCGGCGCCGUCGCCAUCAAAUCCAGCCAAGAGCUGGGCAUUUUGUCUCCGAAUCGCAUGAUGAUUGCAUUUGUUUGGCUGUGGGUCGGAAAACACAACAAAUAUAAUCUAGGUCGUCUGUAUUGAAACGCAUUUCCCUCGAAGCGAAGAGAAAAUAAACAUACGAUUAUUAUUCCAUCUCCAAUCGUGAUUCAGUGCUGUUGCCAAAACAGAAGUAUUGUGAAGUACACCUGCGUAGCGACACAGCAUUCGCCACCAGACACACUGGCUGCCACGUUGAAAUCAAAGGAAAAGGACACGAUCAAAAUUUUACCUGAGAGCAAGAAAUCAACAACCAUGCAAAGAUCAAGAACCGGUUCCUUCUCCUUCUCCUGGCGAAGUUUCGUCGGAAAUGCCGUCCCCAACAUCGCACCCUCCCCUCGACGAGUCAUCAACGACGAACACAUAAGCCCUCUCCAGAAAGACAUGCUCUACGACUACCAGCGCUACAAGACCGUCCCCUACCUCCUCGACACCGGCUCCAUCGAAGCCGCCCUGAUCGUGAGCAAAACGUCCGCGUCCAAGGACGUCUACAAAGGCCUCGUGAAGGCCGGCGUCGUCAGCCCGCAGGGCGUCGUCGACACCACCCGCAUCGACCGCCAUUUCCUCAACCACCUCGCCAUCCUCCGUGCCAGCCAGCAGCGCCAGGUCAUCGUGACGCUCUUCUGGUGGGAGGAGGAGACCCUGCGUUUGAGGAAGCUCCUCGACGAGAGAAGGGAGUUGGAAAUCCUCACCGCCGAGGCUUCGGCCGAGGCCAUGCCCGAGUAUCGGAAGCUGCUGCAGAGGGUCAACGGGAAGAUUCUGGCCAGGCCGUCCGAGCGGGAGCGGAUCGUCGAGGAGGAUGCGGAUGAUCUGAUGGUGAGGUUCAUGUCUGGGAUGUUGUUCGCGCCGGGGACGGAUGCGCGGUCGCGGACGAAUGGAAUGUCGCCCGACGAUGAGCUCCCGGGGUACUCACGAAGGGAGAUUCCUGCGGGUGUCAUGGUUUCAUGAUCUCUGUUGAUUUCCGUACUUUGUUGUUUUUAUUUCCACCUCUCUUUGUUGUUUUCAGCGAUGUGGAAUAUUUGCAUUAUUCAAGCCAUGGCGUUCUGGCUUCCACGGUCUCGAACGCAUUCAUGAAUGGUUUCCGUUCGUGCCUCAUUUCUGACAAUCAUCAUAAAAUCUCCUAUCCGAA